UCUUCAUUCUUCAUUAUUGAAAAACAAAAUAAUGUCCUUGGAAGUAUACUAAAGUCAAAACAAUUGAAUAAAAAUUCUUACAUCUAGUCUUAGUCCUAGCCCGAGCACUGAACUUAACCUCAAGGGAGCAGAAUGGCCGGAGCAGUUCUGGUGACUGGUGGCGCAGGGUAUGUUGGGUCUCACACGGUGUUGGAGUUGCUCAAAAUAGACUAUGAGGUGGUGGUGGUUGACAAUCUUGUAAACUCUUAUAAAGCCCUGAGCUCAGAACUCCCAGAAUGCCUCAGGAGGGUAGAGAAACUGGCAGGGAGAAAAGUCACAUUCUACAACUUGGACCUCAGCGAUAGAGGAGCUUUAUCAAAAGUCUUCAAAAAGCACAGCGUAUUCUGCGUGAUUCACUUUGCUGCCCUGAAGGCAGUGGGAGAGUCGUGCCAGAAGCCUUUGCUGUAUUACAGCAACAACAUCACCGGCUCAAUUACGUUACUGGAGGUUAUGAUAGAGAACGGAGUAAAAAACUUUGUCUAUUCAUCUUCCUCUACUGUCUACGGCAACCCACAGUUUCUGCCUCUAACGGAGGAUCAUCCUACGGGUCAGGGUUGUACAAACCCUUAUGGAAAGUCAAAGUAUUUUGUGGAGGAAAUCCUGAAAGAUGUCUGUUUGGCUGACAAUGGCUUCAGAGUUAUCAGUCUACGAUAUUUCAACCCAGUGGGAGCACAUCCGAGUGGAGAUAUCGGCGAGGACCCAGCAGGGCAACCCAACAACCUGAUGCCGUACAUCGCGCAAGUAGCCGUCGGACGGCGGGCUGAGCUGCUGGUCUACGGGAAUGACUACAAUACUCGCGACGGCACUGGUGUGAGAGACUACAUCCACAUAAUGGACCUAGUGUCCGGCCAUAUCUGUGCCAUAGAAAAGCUCCGAGACCCGACGACGAAGGGGUUCAAAACCUACAACCUCGGCACCGGCUCCGGCCACUCUGUAUUGGAGGUGAUUGAAGCGUUCAAGACAGCGAGUGGCAAAGAUGUCAAGUACAAGGUGGUCGGUCGACGUGAAGGUGACAUUGCUGAGUCAUAUUGUGAUGCAAGUCUGGCCUCCAAGGAACUUAACUGGAAAGCAGAAAAGUCCCUGAAAGAGAUGUGUGAAGAUAUGUGGAGAUGGCAGGCGAAAAAUCCCAACGGUUUCCAAGGUGCCUCUUAACAAAUGGGUUGCUGUAGUGCCUAAGUAUUUUUCAUGUUAAAGCUCAAAGAGUGUUUUAGAGACCAAAGAAAUACCAAAUACUUAAUAUUGUCGUUGAAUACAAAUCUGUUAUAGCUUUUUAGUCGGUAACAUAAAAGUAGAAUCCUGCUAAUACUAAAGCAGAACAAUUUUUGAAAACAAAUUUUACUAGACCUGUAAGCACAUAAAGUACAGAAAAUAAUUUUGUCAAGUUUGGUUGUUUAAUGUACAUUUAAGAAUCUUAAUUUUCUAAAUUUUCCGUCUAAAAAUAAUAUAUGUCUAGCUAAAAUUAAUACACACUUCAAAUGAACUCACAUACAUACUAAGAGAUCAAGUUAGAUACUGGCCCGCUAAUAGUCUCAAAAUGCCCAUCAUAUCGAAUCGAUUUUACCUUUCAUAGUUAUUGCCACACUACAUUGCACUGAAUUAGAAUAUUUUUAAUUUCUUACCUUUAAUUGUAUUUAAUUCUAGACAUAGACGCUUCAAAGACGAUUAACAAGUUAAUUAAUAUACGGGACCAAAUUCCACCUUCUAGCCUAAUUUGUAUUAGCAGGAUUCUACUGUAAUUCGUUAUUCUGUUAUUUGCGAAGAAAAAAAAACCAUUGCUUUCCUAUUUCUUAUGAUUUCUAGUCUUGAUGUUACUAUAUUGUGAAUAACUAAUUGUUAUGAUCUAUAAAAAUUCACGUUGAACAAACUGUACUUUGAUAUCACUGUUGACUGAAAUCAUCCACCAUAUAUUAUAAUUGUGUGUCGAACGAUUGCACGAUGUAUCCAAAAUAUCGUUAUUUGAAGAUACAAAUAAUGAAAGUCGCACAGCUUCUUUUGAUGUUGUUAUUUUCAGCUUAUUUAUAUUAUUGCUUUUAAAGAAUCAUUAUUUUAUCCAUCUCGUGUAUUUGUAAUGUCUUCUAUUUUGUAUCCUACGUAACAUUCCUUUACAUGUAACUGUUAGCGAACUACUUAGUAAUUAAGAUACCGGUGCCAUAAAUGUGUGUUUAUUUUAUAUUAUUUUAAACUAAAGUACCAAAGUUUGCCUUGCUAGAAAAAAAUACCAAAGCAUUUGAACAGAAAUCUGUUGCAUUUAUUUUUUGUUACUUGAGCCUGUUGUCUGCGGAGUAGGCAGGAUUUUUACUAGAAAAAAAAACAUAAAGCCAAAACCUAAUUAUUUUGUAUACAAGAGGUUAAGUUACCUUGAUUCUGUCCAAAUAAUCCUUUAAGUCGUCAUUAGUGCGACCAGUUUCGAUGUCUAUGAUGGCAUCAUUGUCAAGCUGGACGUAAAAUCGCUCCUAGCUUGACAAUGAUGCCAUCACAGACAUCGAAACUGGUCGCACUAAUGACGACAUAAAGGAUUACUUGGACAGAAUCAAGGUAACUAAGCCUCUUGUAUACAAUUCAUGAAGUAAUCCGGAAGGCACUACACAAGAUCUAAUUAUUUUGACGUAAAUGUAUAGCCUCACUAUAUAUAAUCCAAAUAAAAAUUAAUAGUAAGUAAUAAAACUGCAAUAGAAAAUAUGAAUUUAUGUUAAUAUAUUUUUAAGACCUAUAUUUUAGGACUGAAAUCCAAUCAAAGGCUCAAAAAAGCUUUUGGGAUACUAAAAAUCCAACCCCUAGCCAAAGAAAGACUUCAGGGGUUAAAGUUGCACCGCUCUUUUGUCUCAUUGUCAUUACAGUACAGGGUAAUGUAGAAAUUCUAGUCAAAAUGUUAUCAUUGAUUUCUGUAUUUAGGUGUACAAAAACUAUGCUUUUGCUUUUAGUAAUAAAUAUAUCAUUAUCAUAUUAAAAAUAAUAACCUUAUUUAUCUUGUUUGUCGUAGAUGUU